AUGAUCCGCAGUGUACCGAGUUUCUACAGACAAACUCUGCCCUCUGGGAGAAUACCGAGUGAAUUUCGACCUUCCUUGGGCGUGCAAAGGAAUUCGAUGCGAUCUUCUACCCGGGAGGACGGGCCAAUGUUCGAUCUUGCUACUGAUAGCCACUCUAUCGCCUUGAUCCGGGAAUUCUGGGAGUCGGGCAAGAUCGUGUCCACCGUCUGCCAUGGUACCGCAGCCUUACUCAACGUAAAGCUGUCAAAUUCCUCAUUCCUCUUAGCCAACACCCCGGUCACUGGCCUCGCUAACUCAGAAGAGGAUGGAACGAAUUCUUCAGGGUACAUGCCCUUCAUGCUUGAAACCGAGCUGAACAAGAUAUCAGGAGGCAAAGAUGAGAAGGCAUCCGCUAAUUGGGCUUCGCAUGUGGUCGUGGCGAUGGAUGGCAGAUUGCUGACUGGUCAGAACCCUGAAAGCGCUAAGAUUUGGCGAAGGUGA